AUGCUUAGAAUUGCUGCCACCCUCCUGUGUUUUCUGACAACUGCGGCGUCACUGGACAUCGACACCUGGGACGGAGGUUACAAGGACAUAUGGGUUUCCAUCAGCGAAAGCGUUCCUUACAACGAGUCCAUCAUUGAGAACAUCAAGGCUCUGUUCCGGUCUUCGUCCGCGUUCCUGCACAAGGCCACCAAUGGGCGCGUCUACUUCAAGCACGUGACCAUCGAGGUUCCCAAGACCUGGCCGAAGAGAAGCAGCGCCCGCGCCCUGUCGUCCGGCUUCUUCGACAGGAGCGACGUGCGCGUCGACCAGCCCACCGCGCUGCACGGGGACAGGCCGUUCACCGUGCAGAAGAGACGCUGCGGAGAACCCGGAGACUUCAUUCAAGUGACGCCCGCGUUUCUGGCCGCCAUCGGCAACUCGACGGCAGAUAAGUUGGAGAACGCAGCGUACGUGAUGGUGCACGAGUGGGCCCACUACCGUUACGGUGUUUUCGACGAGCACGGCAACGCUGACGACAAGCGGUAUCCACUCACUUACUGCGACCGCGGAAAGGUGAAGCUGAACGCUUGCUCGAGCAGGAUGGCCUUCACCGCAAGGAGAGCCGACGGAGGAAAGUGUGAAAUCAACGACAAGUGUCGUUUCGCCAAAGACUGCGUGGUCACUUUGCAGCAACCAAGCUGGAAUCCCGUCGAGUCAUCCAUCAUGUUCAUGCCAUACCUGGCCAACGUGAGCCAGUUCUGCGACGACAGAGACGGGCCCAACGCCCACAACCCCUUCGCCCCAAGCAAGCAGAACGAUCUCUGCAAGCAACAGUCCACCUGGAAAGUUAUCAGUGGAAACGCGGACUUUCAGAAACUUUCCAGAUCAUAUCAGUCUCAGUCAACCUACGUGACCUUCGAAGAGGCUCAGCAAAAGGAAGACCUUGCGCCGCGAGUUGUCCUUGUGCUGGACGUUUCGGGUAGAAUGGCUGAUUACAGACGACUAGAAUUUUUUAAGGAAGCUGCGACACGCUACAUUGGCGACAUCAAAGACGGCUCGCGUCGACUGGCCAUCAUCGAGUUCAGUUACCGCGCCAAAGUGGUGCACACUCUGAUGCCAGUGAACUUAAACACAAGAACUGGGUUCCUGAACGCCAUUCGCAGAUUGAAACCAUAUGGAGCUACCUGCAUCGGAUGCGGCCUCGAGAGUGCCCUAGAGCUACUAACAACCGCCAAUGAGACCCCGGAGGGCGCCACAAUCCUGCUCAUGAGCGACGGGGAGCAGAACAUGAAUCCGCCUUUCGACGAAGUGCUGCCCCGAGUUGUCGCCUCGAAAGUCGUGGUCAACACGCUGGCUCUGGGAGCCACAGCCGACCACAGACUCGAAAGGCUGGCAACUUCGACGCGCGGUAAAGCGUUCGCCUUUUUCGGCCUGCAGGGAAACCUAGUGGAGAAACUGGAGUCUGCCUUCGUGUCAUCCACGAUGAGCCAACACGACCCCGUGCCCCGUGCUCACACGUUGGUGGAGUCUGAAGAAGAGUUCACCACCAAGCUAGACAAGAAGUUCCAAGUGGACUACAACGUGCGAAACGGGACGGUAGUCCACGUGACCUGCCACCACCCCGAAACGGGAAAAAUCCAUGCUUGGCUCAAAGAUCCCAGCGGCCAGCUAUGCAGGGAGUGCCGAGAAACCGUGAACGGAAACGACGUAGUGAUCUCCAUUCCAAGUCUCGCAAAGGUUGGUACGUGGACACUUCACUUGUGGAGCUGGAGCUUCGGCCCAGUGGAGGUGAGCGUCAGCGUCAAGUCGCAGGCCAGCAAGUACGGCGGCGAGCCUAUCCGGGUCACUUGCGAAAUGAGCAGCAUGCUUGUGGACGGUCCCGACCGAGCAGUCAUUUACGCCAAGGUCACGAAGGGAAUCGAGGUAGUACUGGACGCCGCCGUCUUCGCCACGGUCUACCGUCCCAAGGCGUCGAACGAGCAGCACACAGUCACGCUAUCGUUGCAUGACGACGGACGGGAUCCUGACAUCCACGCCGACGACGGAAUGUACAGCGGGUACUUCGUCCAGUUCACGGGCAAAGGCCGGUACGCGGUGACAGCGCACGUGUGGAGCCAGAAGACGACGCGGCUGGCCGACCCACGAAGUGGCUCUGGCAGCUUGUUCAGCACGGCAUUGUUUUCUGCGACAACAGAAGCUGUCAAGGGAACGGGCGUUAUCGAACCGGCGUCCGAGUACCCAAUCGACGACUUCGACUUCGUCAAUUCGACGGUCCAAUCCACGAGCGGCGCAGGCGGCAAGGUGGUGGAACCAUUCCAGAGGGUGGCAUCCGGAGGGUCUUUCGAGGUGACAGUGGACAUUUUGGAGAAGCAGGUACUUCCAGGAGACAUCCGGGACCUUUUGGUAACGGGUGUACGCCCAGGCGCGAACGACUCACUGCUUGUGGAACUCACGUGGACAUGGCCCGGAGCUCAUCUGACAUACGGAAACGCCUCAGGCGUGGAGAUUCGAGCCAGCCGAGAGUAUGCCAAGCUCAGCUCAGAAUUCGAGAAGCAAAACGAAAUCACGGCUGCCGACGUUGUGCAAGGAAAUCUCGACCCGCGACGCCCCGGUGCCAAACACAUCGUCACCGUGCAACUUCCCCGUGUCCUGUCUACGCGUCGCCAAGACGGUGCCCUAGACUGGAGCUGCUACCUAGCAGCUCGCGUCCUAAAUGCGGAUGGCCGACAGUCCCAAACGUCAAACGUCGUUCCCGUGUUCUACACUCCGCCGUCUGUGACGACCACGGUCGCUACUACCACUACAGAAGCUACCACGACAGAGGUUGUUACUACACAAAGUAGCACUACCCAAGAAACUACUGCCACGGAUGUUCCGACUGCUGUUUCAUCGUCGACAGGCGUGGCGGGUAGCCAGUCAUCACGCUUCGUCGUGUCGUUCUGGGUCUGGGUUCUGAUCGGCUGCGUUGCAGCAGUUAUUAUGGUUGCCACUGUGUUAGCGAUCUUGGUCAAGAUGAGUCCAUCGAAGCGCGAGCUGUACCGCUUUUUCUACAUUCAUUCCCGGGAAAGCCAGCAUGCUUCAGCGUAG